GUUGCUGCUGAACAGGAAGUGCAGGGCUUCAGGUGUCUGAUUGGCUGACGUGAGCUGUGGACUUUUUUCCCCCCCUUUUGAUAUAUCGAGGGUUGGUCGUUUGGCAGCAGCCUUCGGGAUGGCUUCGGCGCUGCAAGGAUCAGGAGAGACUCGGCCAGAAGUUAAUUUGGAUAACAUCGAGAAGGCAAUCCACGAGCUGUACUACGAUCCUUCUGCUGAUGUAAAAGAUUCUGCUCAACGUUGGCUUCUCAUGGCUCAAAGGUCUCCUCAAGCAUGGCAGUUUGCCUGGGCCCUUCUUGAUCACAACAAGGCGCCUGAGGUGCAGUAUUUUGGUGCUAGUGUCCUCCAUAGUAAGAUAUCACGCAGUUGGCCAGAGGUACCCUCCGAGCAGUAUGAAAUGCUGCGCACUCAGCUCUUUCAACAGAUCUUCAACUCGGCCUUAGGAACACGUAUCGUCCUCACAAGAUUAUGUGUUGCACUUUCAUCGUUCGCUUUGAGUACGAUGCCUGAUAUAUGGCCCGAUGCUGUUAAGAGUAUAAUAGAGACGUUUCAACAAGCCCACACGCCUCAUCUAGACUCCAUGCAUAGAUGUGCCGCUCUCCUCGAGUUACUAACAGUCUUACCCGAAGAGUUCCAAACAGCACCAAUGUCUCAACACAGGAAGGGUACAGUGAGACAUGAGCUAGAGAAAGGCAUGGUUCAUGUGCUGCCACUGUUACAGUCACUACUGGAGCAAGAAGAUUCCCCAAAUCACAUCAGACACCAAGCGCUGAGAUGCUUCUCGUCCUGGGUCCAGCUCAGCGUGCCUCUCACAGAGAUAGAAUCCUUCCAAAAACUACUCUUUCAACUCAUCCAUGAUCCAGAGCUCUUUGAUUAUUGUGUCGAUUCCUUGGUCAACAUCGUAUCCCAGCCCACAGCACACAAAUACCCAAUGAUUGUGAGGAGAAUAAUAAGGGAAACACUCAAAUUACAAGAUCUGCUAGCCACGUCCGUCAGAGAAAAGAACAUGGACACAGUACAAGGUCUGUGCAGAUUAGCUGUAACACUAGGUGAGAACCAUACCAAGUUACUGGUGGACAGCACAGGAGAAGACAAGCAACAAGCCUUGGAGUUCACAAGUUUAGUACUGGGUUUCACUGCCUUACCUGGUCAUUUUCCCAUAGAUGAAACCAUUAGCAAUAUGCCAUUUGGAUUCUGGUAUUUAUUACAGGAUGACAUUGUGUCAGCCGAUACAGACAAGCUGGAGUCCUAUGUACAGACCUACGCACCAGUCUUCUUACAGCUGGUUGAAGUCAUGCUUAGAAAAGUGCAAUAUCCCGAUGAUGAAGAGUACGACAGCUGGUCAGGAGAUGAAAAAGAGCAAUUUAGGUGUUACAGGCAGGAUAUUGGAGAUACAUUAAUGUACUGUCACACAUUACUGAAGGAUCCAUUAUUAAAUCACCUCUUUGCGUCCCUCACAAGAAUACAAGACCAGGACUCGUCAUGGCAGCAUGUGGAAGCGUGUUUAUUUGCAUUCCGGUCGAUAGCUGAAGGAGGGGACUACGGUGAUGAUCAGUGUGCAGCAAACCUACUCCGUCUUAUUGGACAAAUCAACAUGUCCCAUGUCAAACUAGCGUCUACUGCCCUCUAUAUGCUGGGUGCCUAUUCAGAGUGGUUGACGGACAUGCCUGAAGCCUUAGGUUCUAUCAUACCAGUCUUAUUAUCAGGGUUGAACGAUGCAGAGUUAGCCGCUCCUGCGACGAUGUCGUUAAAGGACAUAGCAUCAGACUGUAUACCAGGAAUGAAAGCGCAUGCUGAAGUCAUACUCACCGCCAGCCAACAAGCACUGAUGGGUAAUGUUCUCAAGUCAAGGGAAGCAACGCGAUUGAUGUCCGUUAUUGGUUUAGUGCUCUCAUCGUUACCCCUAGCUGAUAUCAUGAAUUACCUGGAGGUUAUACUCACUCCUCAUGUACAAGCUCUGGAAGAGGUUGCUAACCAACAGCCAUCUCCAUCCGGGAAAUCUACCAUCCUCGUGAAGCUAACCAUGAUGGCUAACCUCUGUGCCUCAUUGGACAUCAAGAGAGAGGACAAGUCCAUUAUCAAUAAAGGGGAGAUAGAGAGCAAGACAUCCGGAGUCCCUCAGGAUACGCAGCCUGUACUGCUCAUACUGCAGAAGAUCUUGCCAAUCGUGGAGAAGCUCCUUAAUAUGUGGAUAUCUGAUGCUGCUAUUGUAGAGUCUGUGUGUGAGUUAUUAAAGCGUGCAAUGAGAACAUUACUAGAUGACCUGCAGCCAUUGGUGCCUCAGCUAUGCGACCUUCUCUGUCGGAUGUACAACACCGUCCCCCAGCCGACCAUGCUGGAUCUAGCCCAACAGAUCAUCAUCUUAUUUGGUAGUGUGGUGUCACUCAAUUCUGCCGUUGCGUCUCUUUUUCUACAGCUCUCUUCAAAAACAUUAUCAUUAUUGCCAAACAAUGCCAGAGACCACACAGAUGUCUUAGAAGAAUACAUGACAACUUGCGCUCAGUUGUUAAAAAAGCAUACAAAGAUCUUCACCUUAGAUGAGUUGAAUCUGGCAGCUAUCUUCCAGUGUGGUCUGGUUUCCAUGACGAUGCCAGAAAAUCAAACUAUCAAGGCUUGCUGUCUCUUCUUUUCAAACUUUGUAUCCCAGAAUGAUAACUUACCAGGCGCUGGAGAGGUGUUAACGCAGCAUGGGAAAUCACUGGUAGAGCUUACACUAAAGGGAAUAUCUGGGGGAGCCCCGAGGAACAUAGUCGAGAACUUGUCGGACAUCUUCUUCUCUCUCAACAAACAUGCCUUCACAAAGUUCUCUGGAUGGAUAACGGAUAUCAUGUUGAAUGGGACCGUGGAAAUACCAAGGGCAACCAAAGAACAGAGAGAACAUUUUGCAAAUACAAUCUUGAGGUAAGUUUGAAAAUAAGAAUUAAAUUACUUCUCUUUGAGACAUUUUUGUUGUGUACAAUCUCUGCCCAGUAGAGAUGUACAUGAGGCCAGUGGACAAAACCUAUUGCCAUAGAAAUUGUACUCGUGACUCGGCCCAAGGCCAAUGCCAAGGCCGACCAAAUGUGGCAUCGAGGCCGGCCUCGACUGCAUCCCUGCUACCCAGAUUGUAUAAGCCUAAUGACUCUGAAUUUCAAAUAAUGUUAAUGUCGUUAUAAACAUAUAUUGCAUGACAAGCACAUGUGUUCUUUUUGCAACUUGCAAGUUAGGAUAUAAUACAUAAAUAUAAUUUGUCAGUGGUCAUCCGAACCGUCGUAUCACACAAACGACAGUGCACACCUAUUUCAGAGAAAAUCGACUUCAAAAUUAACUAUAAUUUCCAUCCACACUUUGUUCCUCAGCCUUACAAAAUUUUAAUUGCUAGAAAUAUACAUGGUUGGAAAGACACAGACAAUUGCUUGACAUUGGUAUCUUUAUGUUUACAUAUAACCAAGAAUCAGAGGAAAUAUUACAAAAGAGCUACAUGCUUGUCAUUUCGAUUUGAGCUGGUUACAUUUUCCCUGUACAAAAAUGCCAUAGAUGAUGCAAUGACCCCUGACCCUGAUUUCAGUGCACGCGAUUAAGCAACACGUUACAUUACUCUUUUAUGUGCAUAGCCAAUGCAUUGCACAUACCAUAGUUUGGCUAACCGUGCAUUUGCAUAUUAAAUGCGCGCGGCUUUUGUGCGCUUUGCUACAGUACCAUGUCUCCAAAGGGAUUCGUGCAUUAUAUAAAAAAAUUGUUUGGCAUCACCAUGAAAAUCACCACCCAAGUCAGAAACUAAAAUAUAUUGCUGCUUAGAAAUUUAGUUAUGUAUAGAAUUAUGCAAAAAUCUUAAAAUCAAUGUUUUUUUUAGGGGGGGGGGGAGGGGACCAAAAUUGACUGCUACGACGGUUCGGAUGAACAUCAACGCAUUGUUUGAGACAUUUCUUUUUUUUUUGUUUUGAAUAAUAUAUAUUUUUUUUCCUCUUUCAAAUCAAUAAGUUUACAAUCACAAUUCAUAUAAAUAAAGAUUUUUUGUAUGUAUACAAUCAAUAAACAAUCAAACAAAUAAAUAUAUCAAUAUCAAUGAGAUUACGAAUAUUUUUAAAAUGAUUACAAAUGAAAUUAAACUGCCAAAUUUCUCUUCUAUAACAAUGUGAAAGCAGAGGGGAAAAACCCUUAUCAAUCGAC